AUGCAAUUACGUGAUCCUAAACAACAGUUUGGAUUUGGUAUGGGAUAUGCAAAAAAAGCAUUAGAUUAUGCUAUUCGUGCGGAUAAAAUGAAUGAACUUGUUAAUCAGCUUGACAAAUUUAUUGAUAAAACAAAAGAAGAGCUCUUAAGAGGUGAAGUAGGUUUAAACAAAAAGGCAAAAACCUUAAAAGAAAUCACAAAUUCAGCUUAUCAAAAAGCUGAAAAUAAUAACUUAGCAACUCAAGAUAACCAAAAGCAUGAGAGACAUUGCCAAAAAUAUAAACAAGCUAGAUACUAUGCUCCUUGA